UCGCAACCGUUUCGGGUACAAGUCGUUAUAGGAGUUGGGGCUUAGUAUUAUCUUUUGCAAUAUUGCAAAUUGAUAAUUCGGCUUAUGACCUAUGUUCUAAUUAAAUUAUGUCGGUAGAUGAAAAGUCUUCAGUGCAAUCUAAAGUUAAUUCUUUAGAUGUGACUAUACUAACUGAAGAAAACACAAAAACCGGGGCUAUUAAUAUUCCCUCAGGAAAUUGUAUCGAAAUUAAAAGGGAUUUAAAAGAUGAAGAGCAUUACUCUGAGCAAAUAAUGUCUAACCAAGAAAGGGAAUGUUUCGGGGGAGAUAUAUCAGAUAUAAUGAUAGAGGACAACAAUCUUGUAGAAAUUGAAACUGAAAAUGAUGUGUUAGAAGAUUCCAAUAAAGUAAUAAGCUUGUCUAAGGACACUACCAUGACAACUUUAAAUAUAACACCUGAUCAACUCAUAGCUGAUUUUUUGGGAGAUUCUACAUCUGAGACAAUAUUCAAUGACAGUUCAACUUCCUUGGUUCAUGAUUCCUUGGUUAAUGCAUCUUUUGACAAACUAAACAAGUCUGAUGACUUAAUGUAUUUUGCAGAGUGUACAUCGGUUAAACCAGAUACUCUUAUUGGAAAUCUAAAAAUGACUCCGGGACAAUUUAUAGAUGAUGUAAAUGUUUCAAAUAAGGAAGACUUUAUUUCUGAGGUUCUAUGGGCUGAUAACACAAAAUUUAUCCCGGAUGAAAGUGAGAAGAUUCUCCUUGUGAAAACUUUCGAUAAACCAAGCUAUUUUGAAGAAUCAAAACACUCUGCUAAGGUUCAAUCUAUUGAAGUGGAAGCUCCGAAAGAACUUGUAGGCAAUUUUAAUGUUUUGAACAAAGGAGUUUCUAUAUCUGAGUUAAUUGAAGAACUAGAAUUACCAUUUAAUGCAUCAAUUGACGAAUCAAAUGAUAUGGAUGAUUUUAUUAAUUUCAAUGAAAAAGAUGUCACUGAGAUUACAUUAAUUGAUGAUGCAAUUUCUAUUCUCAAUGAAAAUAAAAUAAUUGCUUGUAAUGAAUCUUUUGACGAAGUAAGUAAUCUUGAUAUGUCAACAAAGUCUGAUAAGAUUCGACCUAUUGAAAAAGAAGAUCCGGAAGAAUUCAUUGCUGAUUUAAAUGUAAACAAAGGAGAUUCUCUUUCUGAGAAAAUGUUACUAGAUGGAGAAACCCUUUCUUUAAAUGAAUCAUUGAAAGAGUCAAGUGAUUUAAAUGAGUUAAUAAAUUAUGCUGAGAUUGAAUCUCUUAAACAAGAAGCACCUACAGGAGCUAUAAAGUCAUCUUUAAAACAAUGUGUAGCCGAUUUUAAUGUUUUGAACAAAGAAGAUUCUAUAUCUGAGUUAAUUGAAGAACUAGAAUUACCAUUUAAUGCAUCAAUUGACGAAUCAAAUGAUAUGGAUGAUUUUAUUAAUUUCAAUGAAAAAGAUGUCACUGAGAUUACAUUAAUUGAUGACGCAAUUUCUAUUCUCAAUGAAAAUAAAAUAAUUGCUUGUAAUGAAUCUUUUGACAAAGCAAGUAAUCUUGAUAUGUCAACAAACUCUGAUAAGAUUCGACCUAUUGAAAAAGAAGAUCCGAAAGAAAUCAUCGCUGAUUUAAAUGCUGUAAACAAAGGAGAUUCUGUAACUGAGAUAAUGUUACUAGAUGGAGAAACUCUUUCUUUAAAUGAAUCAUUGAAGGAGUCAAGUUAUUUAAAUGAGUUAGUAAAUUAUGCUGAGAUUCAAUCUCUUAAACAAGAAGAACCUACAGGAGGUAUAAAUACGGCUUUAAAACAAUGUGCAAAUGAUUUUAAUCAUUUGGACAAAGGAGAUCCUAUAUCUGAGGUAAUUGAAGAAAAAGAAUCACCUUUUAAAGUAUCAUUUGACGAAGCAAUUGAUACAGAUGAUUUCAUUAUUUCGAAUAAAGGAGAUAUAGCUGAUACAACAUUGAUUGGUAACACAAUUUCUACCGGCAAUGAAAAUGAAGAAGCACUUCUUAAACCAUUUCCUUGGAAACCAAGCAGUUUUGAUAAUAUGAUAAGAUCUGCGGAGCUUAAAUUUGUUGGAAAAGAAGCUCCAAAAGAAUUUACAGUUGAAUCGAAUCUUUUUAAUAAGGGAAAUCCUAUAUUAGAGGUAGGUUAA